CCGGCGCCCAGGCGGGGCCGGGAGCGGGAGCGGGAGCGGGAGCGGGAGGAGGAGAGCGAAGACGAGAGCGACAUCCUGGAAGAAAGCCCGUGCGGCCGCUGGCAGAAACGGCGGGAGCAGGUGAACCAGGGGAACAUGCCCGGGGUCCAGAGCACCUUCCUGGCCAUGGACACGGAGGAGGGAGUGGAGGUCGUGUGGAACGAGUUGCACUUCAGCGACAGAAAGGCCUUCUCUGCGCACGAGGAGAAGAUCCAGACCAUGUUUGAGCAGCUGGUGCUGGUUGACCACCCCAACAUCGUGAAGCUGCACAAGUACUGGCUGGACGCCUCCGAGGCCCGCGCGCGGGUCAUCUUCAUCACAGAGUACGUGUCCUCGGGCAGCCUCAAGCAGUUCCUCAAAAAGACCAAGAAGAACCACAAGGCCAUGAACGCCCGGGUAUGGGGAGUGGGCAGGGGCGGCGUCGAGGACAGGACGGGUUUCCUGCACGCCUGCAGCCCCCCCAUCAUACACGGGAACCUGACUAGCGACACCAUCUUCAUACAGCACAACGGCCUCAUCAAGAUCGGCUCCGUGUGGCACCGCAUCUUUUCCAACGCGCUCCCGGACGACCUUCGAAGCCCCAUCCGCGCAGAGCGGGAGGAACUGCGGAACCUGCACUUCUUCCCCCCGGAGUAUGGCGAGGUUGCUGACCGCACUGCCGUGGACAUCUUCUCCUUCGGGAUGUGUGCGCUGGAGAUGGCUGUGCUGGAGAUCCAGGCCAAUGGAGACACUCGGGUCACAGAGGAGGCCAUCGCUGGUGCCAGGCACUCGCUGAGUGACCCCAACAUGCGGGAGUUCAUCCUCUCCUGCCUGGCCCGAGACCCGGCCCACAGGCCCUCUGCCCACAACCUCCUCUUCCACCGCGUGCUCUUCGAGGUGCACUCGCUGAAGCUCUUGGCAGCUCACUGCUUCAUUCAGCACCAGUACCUCAUGCCUGAGAACGUGGUGGAGGAGAAGACCAAGUCAAUGGACAUGCACGCAGUCCUGGCAGAGAUCGCCCGGCCCCCCCGGCCCCCCCUGCAGUGGCGGUACUCAGAGGUCUCCUGCAUGGAGCUGGACAAAUUCCUAGAGGAUGUCAGAAACGGGAUCUACCCACUGAUGAACUUUGCUGCUGCUCGGCCCCUGGGGCUGCCCCGAGUGUUAGCCCCACCCCCAGAGGAGGCCCAGAAGGCCAAGACCCCCACGCCAGAACCCUUUGACUCUGAGACCAGAAAGGUGAUCCAGAUGCAGUGUAACCUGGAGAGAAGCGAGGACAAGGCUCGCUGGCAUCUCACUCUGCUUCUGGUGUUGGAGGACCGGCUGCACCGGCAGCUCACUUACGACCUGCUCCCAACUGACAGCGCCCAGGACCUCGCAGCGGAGCUCGUGCACUAUGGCUUUGUCCACGAGGAGGACCGAACUAAGCUGGCUGCCUUCCUGGAGAGCGCCUUCCUCAAGUACCGGGGAGCUCAGUGACAGGGCACCUGGUGGACCACAUGUGAAAGCCAGGCACCGAGGGUCUGGAGACCAGGGGCUGCCUUCUGCCUGUGUGCCUGGGGGCUGAGGACCACAGCCUGCUAGUGAGGAACCUCCUUCUGCCUUGCACAGCUGCUGAGAGGCCCUGGCUGGGGUGAGGGCAUUGGGAUUGGGCCCACAAGGGAGUCCACCAAUGGGGGGCUGUGACUAGGCCAUACACAUGCUUAGGACCAGGAUUCCCUCACCCAGCCUGCCUCCACAAUUCACCAUUCUUUCCCAUAUCCUCCAUUUGCUGUCCAAGAUCCUUACCCCACCCUCCAAGCUGUCUGGUCAGUGCCUGAGCCCACCAAAUGGGGGAGGUUCCCCUUCAGGGAGCCAUCGUUUGGGAGUACCACAGACUCACACAAGGAACCCUCACCUUAAGUCAAUGGUCAAGCACCUGCAGGCAUCAGGCAGGGUGCUGGGUGCUAAGGAGGACUGUGACCUGGUGGGAAAAGAACACGGCAGAGACACUCCAAGACACCCCAGUUCCCAGCACCAUGUGGUUCUUGCACCUCCAUCCAAUGUCCAAUGAAGACCUGCGCUAGAGUCCCUCUCUGAUUUUGCACUGCUCUGAGGUUGGGACCGCUCCGCCACCCCUUCUGCUGACAUUUUUCUGGCUCCUGCACCCCCCUCCAAAGGGCUCUUUUUUCUCCCACCUUCCCUGGCCCGGAGGGGUCAUGUCAGAUUUCCUCCCUGCACCUCACUGCACUUCCUCCAAACUCACCAUCUCCCAGUGACUGCCCUCACCUCCUCCCAUGGCAGCUGCCUCCCUGGGUUCUGCCUACCACCCCCUAUUACCCUGGGCUCUUGGUUCUCUUGGACCACCUCCCCUCCCUUUUCAAAUGUAAACACUCUUGAACAUUUUUAAAUGCAUGUGUAAAUUUAGUGUAUUUGGUAUUCUUUAAAGCAUUUCAAAUGCCAAACCACGGAAGCUCACCACUAUAUCAGUUGCUUAUUACUGCUACAAGAAUUUACCACAAACUUAGUCUCUCAAAACCACCCAAUUUAUUAUGGUCCUAUAGGUGAGAAGUCUGGCCCAGGUCUCGCCAGACUAAAAUCAGGGUGUUAGCCAGCCGCAUUUCUUUCUGGAGGUUCUAGGGGAGGAUCCAGUUCCUGCUCCUUUAGGUUGGUGUUUGGCUUGUGGUGUCAGGCAUGGCAUGGCCCUGGGCGCUGGGCAGGAAUUCAUUUACUUGCAGUGGUAGGGCCGAGGUCCCCAUUUUUGGCCUGCUGUAAACUGAAAGCCAUUCUCAGCUUCUAGAGGCUGCCACAUUCCUUGGCUCAUGGCCCCAUCCUCCAUCUUGAAAGCCAGUAACAUCAGGUUAAGUCUUUCUCAUGAACCACCUGUCUGGUUUUCUGCAGCCAGAAGAGCUUCAGAUAAUUAGGUUGAGUCCACCUGGGCAAUCCAUGAUAGUCUCCCCAUCUCAAGGUCCUUUUGCCAUGGACAGUAACCUUCACAGGUUCUGGGGAUUAGGGCAUGGACAUCUUUGGGGGGUGGGGUGUCAGUAUUUCACCUACUGCAUGACCCUAACCAAAUCCCAAGACAAAAAUUUACCAAGGCAUAGGAAAUAAAUUAAAUGCAAAUAGUGAAUCUUAAGUUAUCUUAAACAUUUCAACACUCUACAAUAUUAUUCAAAUUCUCAUACCUUUCAGCCUAAAAUUACAAAUUUAAAAUAAUUUACAUGCCUAGUUGGAAAUCCUGAUGCUAAGCUGUCUGAUUCACAUUGUCUUACACAGUUUGAUGUCAAAUGAGUAACAGUUUGUACCAGCGAUUAAACUGGACUCAGAACUCUCCAUACUACCAUUGCUUCAUUUAUGUUGAGGUUUUCAUUUUAAAUUUUAUCAAAUGCAUAUUAUUUUAAAAAGUAGAAUUUUUUUUAGGCAAAUAAUAAAUAAACAACAAAUGUAGUCUCUAACCCUGAUCCUUUCCAAAUUCA